AUUUUUUACGACACGCUACAGGGCUACACCGGGUCAAGUUUGUUUACCUUGAUUUUAAUGUUUUAAACAGUGCUGAGAAGGUAUACAGACAUGUCUGAAUUUGUGAGUCACAUCCAAGACUCAGGCUGCGCUAAAAUACAUCGCGUUGUCACAAAUGGGGACGAAAGAUACCUGUGUUUCACCAGACUUGCUAAUUCAGCCUGGUUUGUGAUUGCUAGCGAUGGAGUUUCCGUGUGGAAAACUGAGGUGGACGAAGACGAAGCGGAUACCAUUCGAGAACUUGCUGGAAUCAGCACCACAGAGGCAUUUGUUAACAAAAUCAGGAAUGGCUUUCAAAAUGGUGACAUCAGUGUUGCAGCAAUGGGUAACAAAGUAACAUUGACCAUCGGCAAAGGCUGUAGUCCUAUCAACUUAGAUUUGUUCGAAGCCAAGGCGGCAGACAAAAGAACCGAGUUGCAGACUGUAUUGUUCAGAUUAGCUGAAAGUGCCACAUUGUUAUCAGCCGAUUUAGACAAAUCCAAACAACUUGUAGAAACAUUGAAGGCACAACAGGGAGCCCCCAAACCAACAGCAUUUAUGGAUCUUGGGCCAAAAAAAGGCCUAAAUCCGGCAAAGACAAAGCAAAAGCAAGCUGGCAUGAGUGUCAUAAACCCCACCAGUAAGAAAAGAAAAGCUGCUCAGGGUGUUGUUUUUGACUAGAGCAGAUCAAGGUCCUAUAUACUUUCAUCUUUUUUAUCAGUAAUUGUAUGAAAAUAUAUGAAGCUGUUGUAAUACCGGUAUGACAAUCUCUACUCAGAUUUUAUAGUAAUUCAUUAUGGUAGAAACACAAACUUUAUUUACAAUCAAAAUGAACAAGCUGGCCCAAAAUUUAUCAACUUAACAAGUUGUUUACCUGUGGACAUGUUGCUCUUGCGAUAAUAAAUACCUGUUUUUAUCAUGUAAGUUUUCAGGCUUUAUGGUGAAAGAUAGCUUCAAUUAUACUGCUUGAAUAAUACUUUAUGUAUAGAUAAUACAUAGAUACCCUAUGUUAUAGUUUAUUUGUACUGGUAUAUGAAUGUUUUAGAUGCCAAUAAAUAAAUAUUUUAA